UCCACAAAAACAGCCUAAAUCAUCCUACAGACUAUAUAUAAACAUUUUAUUUUUCUGAGUCAACAGAAUAAAUAUGUGUCAAUCAAGUAAACAGAAUGUUUUAGUUCAUUUUUCUAGUUUAUCUUAGUGGAUUUUUUAGAUGUCUGACAUCUGAGAUGUGUUCUAUUUUUAUCAUGGUUGAGGGGAGUACUCUGCAACUUUCUUACCAACACAGCCCUGAAAAGGUUGCUUUGUACGGACUGCUUACUGAGUUACAAAAGGUACAUUUUAAAUCAAUAGAAAGUUUCAUGGACCUGACUGAAAUCCGAGGGCUCAGGCUGGAUGUGAUUUCAGAGGAAGGUGAGCACCAGGACUUGAGCAGAGGAUCAACAACCAUGGAGAUGUUCAAUUUGGCUUCAGAUCGAGCUGGAAGGACCUUGCAGAGGUUCUCAGUCGGCACCAAUGAAUCAUUUCGUUUUGAACCCUGUGAGGACAACUCUCCAUCUCCAACUGGGGCAGCAGAUGGAUAUGGUGAUGAUGAUGAAGUGUUCAAGAAGGGAGAACCCGAGAGUGACAUCGUCUCCAUCAGGAACCGACUGCAGGGGAAGGUUGCUGAGAUGGAGAAUUUUGCAGGUCAUCUGGAGGAAAUCUUUCUCACCGUUGAGGAGAAUUUUGGCCGUCAAGAGCAACUCUUGGAGCAGCACUACAACGAUGUGCUGCAGACUUUGUCUCAGCGAUAUGACGAAAGGGCGAGUGAACUGGAGGAAGAGAAAAAGAGUAAGUUGGAGUCUCUGUACAGCCAGCUGCUGGCCUGUGGUCAGGCACUGGGCAACUCGAAGGAGCUUAUUGAGACAGCUCAGGAGACCUACCGCAGCCAGGACAAGAGACUCUUCCUGAAGACUGUUAUGCCCAUCAUUAAAAGAUUUGAAACAUUUGUGAAAGAGGAUGUUGACCUCACCCUGUCUACAAGCCUUGAAUUCAACACACCACUCGCUGAUCUGUCAGAUGUCACAACCAUGAUGGAGUCUAUCAACAUCAUUCCAGCUCCGUCUGCCCCAGUAAUCAACCCACAGAUGCCCAACUCGGCCACCCAGACGACCCUGCAUGUGCGCUGGAGUUUGUUUUCUGACGACACGGUGGAGUUCUACGAGCUUUACUACAGACCAGUGCUGGAGGACAUGCCAGCAGACGGUACUGGUGCACCACAUGAGAGCAGGGUGAAAGUGAAGGAGACCCACUGUACCGUGAUGGAUCUGCUUCCCAAUGCCCAGUAUGAGCUAUGGGUGACAGCUACAAACACAACAGGCAUCAGCCCUGCAAGUGAGAAGGCCUUAUAUGUGACAGUGCCAUCGCCUCCAGUGAUCAAGCAGAGGGGGUGCUCCAGCUGUCCAGAAGCUGCUCUGAUCCGCUGGGAAUCAGGAAACACCAACCCUGUGGACUCUUACACCGUGGAGCUCAGAGAGAUGGGUUCUGACGGCACAGAGAGCAGUAUUACAGAGUCCAUAGUAGCCGUCCCCACCUGUCAGUGUCUGAUCCAGCUGCAGACAUCACGACGCUACCUGAUCUCUGUGAGAGCGGUCAAUGUUGGUGGGCCCAGUGAGAAGAGUGAGGUUGUAACGGUCUCCACAACAGGUACGUUCUUCCACCUCCUGGAGGACACAGCCCAUCCAUGCCUUUCCAUCUCUGAGGAUGGCUUCACUAUAUUUUACGGAGAUGAGGAGCUACCCAUAAGCGCAUUGGCUCUCGAUGACAACACUUUUACAAGAUGUGUAGCCAUCCUGGGGGAUCUGAUUCCAGUUAGAGGCAGGCAUUACUGGGAAGUUGAAGUGGAUGAUGAGACGGAAUUCCGGAUUGGAGUCGCAUAUGAGGACACUGAGAGGAACUCAUACCUCGGGGCAAACAGCAGUUCUUGGUGUAUGAAACACAUCCGCAGUCCAACCAGGCAUAAAUAUGAGUUUCUACACAACGGCCAGAGUCCGGACUUGAGGAUCACCGUGUACCCAGCACGCAUCGGAGUGGCUCUCGACUACGACGGGGGAACGCUAUCAUUCUUCAAUGCAAACCUGGGGCAACAUUUGCACACCUUCCACUGUCACUUUCAAAACUAUGUCCACCCUUGUUUUAGCCUGGACAGCCCAGGAGCACUCACGGUCCACAACGGCAUCCAAGCUCCCGAGUACACACUCAUCUAAUAGAAAGCGUCUCUUCCCAACAUACGGGUGAAAAAAUAAACGCGCUAAACGAAUGUUUCUGAUGUUGACCAUUAUGAAUGUUAUUAAACAAUGUUUAAACACA